AUCCUAUCUCUCUCUCUCUCUCUCUCUCUCAGAAUGGGAAAUGCAGUGUCUCCGUGUUUUCAACAGAAAACAAACUUAGCUGUAAAAGUUAUAUUUUCAGAAGGAACCACAAGACUCCUCAGAGGAAAGCACGUAGCUGGAGAGAUCAUGUUCGAGUUUCCAGACCAAAUGGUUUGCCAUGCGGACUCUUUCUUCAUCGGCCACCCUGUCCCGGCGUUAGCCAUAGACGAUGAGCUCAUUCAUGGACAGACCUACUUUGUUCUCCCCCUUGAUUGCUUCGCAUGCAGGGUCCUCUCGGCCUCCUCGCUCGCCGCCUUAGGCUCGUCCUCAAGCCCCAACAAGAAGGCUCCGAUUAAUUUCGGAGAGUCCCCGUUCGAGUACAUAAAGGGUUCGAACGGGAAGGUCUUGAUCAAGGUUGUGCCAGACUUCAUAACAAGGCUAAUUACGAGAGCUAAUAAUAAGGAAACUGUUACUAGCCCUAGCAAUAGUUUUCUUUGUAGCACGCCUGAGUUGCAAAAGCACUAUGAACAGCUUGUUGGGUCUAAAGAGCAAUUGUGGUCGCCUAAGCUUGAUACCAUUUCUGAAUACAAGGUUAGGUUUUCACCAUGCAAAUUCAUAGGGCUGGAAUGGAAACAGAAAGAGAGUGAAGUCAUGUAAUUGUUUAAUCUCUUUCAUUAAUUUAGUGACGAAGUUAAUUGGUUAAUUUUCUACGAGCUAGUAGCAUAAGAAGACAGAGAUUUGCUAAUUGUACGUAUUGUGUUUUCUUCAUUCCUGUUUCCUGAUUCAUUCAUGAGUUGUAAAAAGUUGAUUAUAUAAU